AUGAAUAGCUUUACUGCCGAACAAGCAACAUUUGCUGCAUUGGCGGCGGCCACCACCCUCAUUGCAUUUCGCAUAUACUGGCAUCUCUCACAGGACUCACUCGACCACCAACACCGUGUGGACAAUGCGACGAGAAGUGCAACUACAACCAGAAGGAGAAGAUCUAGCUCGGGGCGACUACUUACAAGAAAGAAAAGUGCUCACAGUAUACCGCCUGGAAAUGACUUUCUGAGUUUAGAUGCUCUGGCUCAACUGACGCGUUGUGAUAAUGUCAAUUUACAAGAGAGUGCACUGCAACUCUUGUUGGAUCGUGCAAUGUCAAAGGAAUACUUGCCACAUAUCGUCAAUGCUUGUCGAAUCGAGAAUGAUGCUGAAACGAGACUAAAGGGCAUUGCCACCGUACAGCAAUUGACUAAAAGUGAACAAAAUCGUAACGAACUGGUCAAGGCUGGGAUUUUGAGAAUUUUGGUCGAUCUGUUAAACAAUCAGGAUAACGAUGAUGAGACCGUCACGCGAUAUGUGCUAGUGGCUUUAUUCAGGAUUGUGUCUAAUAAAGAUACACUCAAGGUCAAGCUCAUCGAAUACAAAGUCCUGGAUCCACUCCUCAAGUUGCUGAAUUCUACUCCGACACAUUCGAAUGAUCUAAAGUAUUGGGCUCUGCUAAUGCUACAUCAGUUCUGUCUGCAAGAGGAACUACACGUGUUUCUUUUGGCCAAGAAAGUCAUUAACAUACUGGCAACAAUGACGAGAUUGACUUUUGGAAACUCAAACAUGCAAAAAUUGUGUUUGCAUUCUCUCGUCCGAUUGAUCUCAAGUCUGGAUAAGACACAUGCUGUCAAUGAGCUUAACGAACUGGUGUCGAUGAAUAUGGUACCGCUGAUAUGUGCUUGUAUACGAAAUGAUGACGUGGAACUCUCAUCAUGGGCAGCCUUUGUUCUCCACGAAUUCGUAACACGAGAUGUUGCAAGAGAAGAAUUUGCUGCAUCAAAAGGGUUGGCUAAAAUAUUGGCUUCCAUGUUGGGAGGUGGUGAUGAGACUUGUAUUCCUCGAGUUACGCUUAGAUCAUUGAAGUGUCUGGGAUUGAGUCAUGAGGACUUCCAGAAUGACAUGUUACGUGCUGGUGUCUUGAAGAAGGUCUUGUCUUGCUUGUCGUCUGCUGAUGAGGAUACAAGAUAUUGGGCGUUGGCCGUUUUACACGACUUGAUUGGGCAUACGGACUGCCAUGAAGACUUUUUGGCAAACAAGGGCCUAGAAAUUUUGAUUGCCAGAGUCCCAUUAGCAACUACACACGAAUCGCUGUAUAUUGCUGAUAUAUUCGUGUGUCUUUGCAGCUCUGUCAAAACGCACGAGUCUCUUGAAUCUUCUGGAAUGACUGAAGCUGUCAUGAUUCUUUCAAGAUCUAGUGAAUUUGAAUUACAAUAUGCUGGAAUUGCCAUAUUAUUAAACAUGUCGACUAUCGGAGAGAAAAUGAUUUUGUCAAUUUUGGAAGCAGGCGGUAUACAGCUUUUGAUUACAACCAUGCUGGAUGUGACCAAAGAGUCGCUUCAUACGAUAUGUGCAAAGACGUUGACUACUAUCAGCAGGAAGAUGCCCUCCUUACGACGUCACAUUAUCUCGGUGGCAAUCAGGCCUCUCAUAACUCGAAUUCUGCUUAUAGGUCCGAAAUGUGUUAUGUUUAUCUUUCGCAAACAUCAAAAGGAGAAUGGUGGGACGGCACGAAGUCCCUUGUUGGAAUCGUUUAUGGCUACAUAUCCAUCAGGCGCUGCAUUCUUUAACGAGGAGCAUUCUGCAUCUACCAUACAACCUGAAUCACCUACAGACUCUAACCCUGCAGAACAACGCGCCAGUCCCACUGAAGAAAUGCAGGAGAUACUUCCCAUCAGAAGACUCUCUGUCGUAAUACCACCGGCACUAUCUGUAUCAAGUGAUUCCCCAGUAUCUCAAUCACCAGAUCGAGCCGCAUUUACACCCAUUGAGGAGUCUGUUGAGGAAUCCGUACCAACUUCUCCAACUCCAACUCCAUCAUCAUCAAAACCUAAUUCAUCCACAAUAUCAGCAGCAGAGUCAGUCGAUGAAUGGAAUUCAACAAUCCAAUGCCUCGCAUCUCACAUAGACUGCCUCUUCGCCUUUCUAACACACAAGAUAUUCGAUGGUAUAGAUCCCAAUGUACAAAACUCGUACUUUUCAGUCUUGGAUGAAGAUCUAGGUGGUGUCGAAGAUGCCAUUGUAUUCCAACUCGAGUCAUUAAUCACCUUGUUGGUUGACAUCAUUGUCGUGUUUGCCAUCAUACCAAACAAUGAAGGCAAGACCGCCAUUAUGAAAUCACCUGUAUCGGCAGCCUCAGUCGCUCGUAGUGAUAAAAGCCAUUUAAGUAGUAGUGUUGGAAGCAAAGCUGAGACGGCUAAAAGUUCUGUUGUAUCGUCGCCUCGAGGAUCACCUAUUGAACCAACACCACGAUCAUUAGCUGUGGUGUCACCUACCUUAUCGAAUAGCCCUGUGUCUGCAGCUGCAUCGGCCACUUCGUCUCCUUCGCCGACUGGAUAUCAAGCACCUAGUAAAUCUGUAGCUGAAGCAUCUGCAUCUGAUGGUGAUCUUCAGUCUCAGUAUCUGACGCGGCUGACGCAGAAUGCAGCUGGACUGCUUGGAACGUUGGCUAAAUAUCCAACUGCACAAAAAAUAUUUGCAAAGGAAAAAGUAGCACAUUUAUUGUUACAAGCACUUGAGAUACAUAUGGAUCAAGAUUAUGUGGCUGCUAUAUCGGAUUGUGCAGUAUUGGGAGGUGUAGUCUCAAAAUCAAUGAUACUCGAGCACGCCGCAACAUUCAACACCAUCCUCCGAAACCUGAAAAAUCCAGACACAAGUCCACACUGCCAUUUCUUUAGUCUCCGACUAUUUGAACAAAUAUCAGACUGGACAAUCCCACCGCCACUGUCAUACACUCUUCCAAUCUCCAUAAUAGCCGAAUCAACACCUUACUUGACUACAGCGAGCUAUGGACGUGAUGUCUGGAAUCAUAGCUGGACGUUUGAAAGUCUGAGAGCGAGGUUUGGAUGUCAUGCGUCUAAUAAGGCUGCUGUGGUUGAUAAAGUUGUGUAUGAGGUUGUGUUGAGGACUGAAGGGAUUAUACAGAUUGGAUGGGCUAGUGAGGAUUGUGUUUGUGACCCGGAAGGAGGGACUGGAAUUGGAGAUGACGAGCAUUCUUAUGCGUUUGAUGGCUUUCGACGAAAGAAAUGGCAUGGUGCUGAUCCUAAAGAUAACGCCUAUGGUGAUGCAUGGGCAUCAGGAGACAUCAUCACCUCACUCCUUGACCUAACAACACGAGAAAUUCGAUACUGGAGAAAUGGAAUAGAUAUGGGAGUUGCAUUUGAGAAUGUCGAUACUGAUGUGACGUGGUAUCCUGCUAUUUCACUUUCAUCACAGCAAGGAUGUUUGUUGUAUUUUGGUGGCGCUUUGGAUAAGAUAACGUAUCUGCCUGAAGGCUUCACACCCAUUGCUCGGGUCUCUGAAUGGAAACCGUCUUCUCGAUCUUUGUCGCACGAAGAGGAUGAAACGAGAGCACGGUCCUUGAAUCAGACUCAAUCUAAGCAGUCUGUAUACGAAUUAGCGCCCGAGAGUUUGGACGACGUGGCAGAACCUCAAACACCUCCUCUCUCCGCAUUGGGUCUAGCCAAGAGCGAAACACCUGUUUCAAGCACUUUUUCUCUACAGCAUUUAAGAAUUGUGAUUGAUUACAAUCGAGAUGCAGAUUUCAUGCGCCCAUUCAGACAAGUAGGAUUCAUCGCAACAACAUCAUGUCACAAAUACGUCCUGGAAAUCGACGCAUCAGAAACCCGUAUCGUGACAUGUGAAUUCGACAUUGAGGGAGUGUAUACAGAGGAUGAAGUCACUGUGCUAAGUAGUGUGCCGAGAUGUGUGCUUCCUGGUGAUGUGGUUGGGUUUAGGGGAGGUGGGGACGAGGUAGUGCAGUUUGUGGUUAAUGGUGCUGACUUUGGUCCACCAAUUCGAGUGGAGAAGGAUACUCAUCUGCCGUACAUUUCGCAUAUAUCUGCAUAUCGAUUGUUAAUAGUUUAA